UCGCGAGAGGACAAGCGGAAGUUCAGCAGACGUGGUUUGGGCUCUGGUUGUUGGACUGUAAGGUUGGGUUUGGAUGAGCUUUAGGAUGACGGUGAGACGAAAGUAAUCGCGGUUGUUCUUUUAGUUGUUUUUUAUUUUGUUUUUUAACGUGUAACAUGCACCACAUGUGUGUGUGAUUGGCAGCCGGUUGGGGUCGAGACCGAAACCGGGCGUUUUCAUGUUGUGCGAUUUGCUCUCGUCGUUGUUGUUACUGCGCGAUCUCCAGCUGGCGUCUCUGCCAGAGACGAUUCGUACGCGUCUGUCCCAGGGUCAUCGCGCUGCUCCUCCUCACCCAGAGCUCGCACCAUGACCGGAGAGAAGAUCCGCUCGCUGCGCAAGGACCACAAGCCGGGGAAGGACGAGGACCUGCUCGAGCCCGACGAGGAAGCGGCGACCGGCACGUUCACGUCGUCCACUAGGACGAACAGCAAAGGCAAGAGCAACAAGAUCUUCAGCAACCACAAGAUCGUCAAAUCGGCGUCGCAGCACAGCCACAAUCACCUUCAUCAGCAGCAGCAACAGACGCACAUUAACGCCAACACUAACGGCAUUUCCACCCCGGAAACCCUCGACGAUAAAAACAAAAAUCCGAUCGUUCGAAGCGCCGAUGAUUUCCCGGUGCACGAGUGCGUGUUUAAGGGAGACGUGCGGCGGCUGUCGUCUCUCAUCCGCACGCAGAAUAUUGCACAGAAAGAUGCUCACGGAAACACUCCUCUUCAUCUGGCUGUAAUGAUGGGUCAUAAAGAAUGUGCUCAUCUCCUGCUGGCCCACAAUGCACCAGUGAAGGUGAAAAACGCUCAGGGAUGGAGUCCUCUCGCCGAAGCCAUCAGCUACGGAGACCGUCAGAUGAUCACAGCACUGCUGCGGAAGCUGAAGCAGCAAUCCAGAGAGAGCGUCGAGGACAAGAGGCCUCGGCUCCUCAAAGCUCUUAAAGAGCUUGGUGACUUCUACUUGGAGCUUCAUUGGGAUUUUCAAAGCUGGGUGCCUUUACUGUCUAGAAUUUUACCCUCGGAUGCUUGCAAGAUCUACAAGCAGGGAAUCAACAUCAGGUUGGACACUACUCUCAUUGACUUCACAGACAUGAAAUGUCAGCGAGGAGACCUGAGCUUCAUCUUCAAUGGCGAUGCCAUUCCGUCCGAGUCUUUCGUAGUGCUGGACAACGAGCAGAAAGUGUACCAGCGAAUACACCAUGAGGAGUCAGAGAUGGAGACUGAGGAAGAGGUGGACAUUCUGAUGAGCAGUGACAUUUACUCGGCCACGCUGUCCACCAAAUCCAUCACCUUCUCCCGAGCGCAGAGCGGCUGGCUCUUCCGCGAAGACAAAACCGAACGGGUUGGGAACUUUCUGGCGGAUUUCUACCUGGUUAACGGCCUGGUUCUGGAGUCAAGGAAGCGGAGAGAGCACUUGAGCGAGGAGGACAUUUUGAGGAAUAAGGCUAUCAUGGAGAGCCUAAGCAAAGGAGGCAACCUCAUCGAGCAGAAUUUUGAGCCGGUUAGACGCCAAUCCCUGACUGCUCCCACUCCGAACACUAUUUCCUGGGAGGAGUACAUCACAGCUGAGACUGGGAAAGCUCCUCAUCUUGGACGAGAGCUUGUCUGCAAAGAGAGCAAGAAAAACUUUAAAGCCACCGUAGCCAUGAGUCAGGAUUUCCCUCUCGGCAUUGAGUCCCUUUUAAAUGUUUUAGAAGUGAUUGCACCCUUCAAGCACUUUAAUAAACUCAGAGAAUUUGUACAGAUGAAGCUACCACCAGGCUUCCCAGUGAAAUUAGACAUCCCCGUGUUUCCUACCAUCACAGCCACGGUGACUUUUCAGGAGUUCCGCUAUGACGAAUUCGAGGAAUCCAUUUUCACCAUCCCAAACGACUACAAAGAGGAUCCCAGCCGCUUUCCAGAUCUCUGAUCCGGCUUUUUCUGUUUCUCUCGCUCUUUUUUGUUUUUUGCUUCUUUUCUCCUCUUCACUGCAUCUCCAUUUCAUUUCUUCCUUGGAUCUGGCUCAUCACACCACGUUGUCGAGCUUCGAUAAGAGAUCUCUCUUCAGGGCUAAAAAAAAAAAAAAAAAAAGGAAAAGGAGGUCAGAAAUAAGUUACUCUACGUGUAAAGGGAUUUGCGUUGCACUGUAUUGCAGUGACACGCAAGUGGACUACUGGACACAUGAUCAGAAAUUAAAAAAGACUUGUUUGAAGCUUUUAGAUUAGCGAGGAGAUCACAGGAGCGGGACUGAGCACCACUCUAAUGCACUACAUCACUCCUCACAGUGGUGAAGCCCCGAAACACCAGUGCAGCUCCUCUUCAACAACACAUCCAUCAAGAGUGACCCUCUUCUUCACCUCAACGCUUCCAAUGUUACUCUGGCAGGAAAUGUGGCAUUACAAGUUCUGUAUUUAUGUUUGUCGUGGUUUUCAUAUACCUUUCUUACACGACUGUACUCUUCACGUUCAAGAACUAAACUAUAGCAGUGCGAGGAAACGAGUAUGUUUUUUUUUUUUUUUUUUUUUUGGUGUGUGUGUGUUUGUUUGUUUGGCGCCGUACAAAACGUGUCAAUAUUACCGUUCUGUGCUUUUUACGGAUUUGCUGUAAAGACUAUUCUCUGUAAAUACCUCUGUUUGGAUUUGAGUAGCAGAGUAGGAGGAGACGAGCUCUGCCAACGCUUCUGUUACCGCUACAGAUUUUCCACUACGUUUUUUCGAAGUUCAUCCUCGACUGCACGGGACGACACGAGUUCCCCAGGUUUUAUUUUCUACUCACACCUGUAUGUCUUUAUGUUUAUGAUCACUUUCUACCCGAUUUGAAAAAAAGAAUCAGGCGCUCGUUUGUAAAUGCACUGUACAGUUUGAGAUGAAUCCGUUUAACAGUGGCACAACUUUCAGCGUACGACAGAUACCUUAUUUCUCAAGUUAUUAUCCUCAUUUUUAUGAUGGAUGUGUGUGGUGUGUGUGUGUGUGGUGUGUGUGUGUGUGGUGUGUGUGUGUGUGGUGUGUGUGUGUGUAUGUAUGUAUGUAUGUAUGUAUGUAUGUAUGUGUAUAUAUACACACACACACACACACAGCAUUUAAGAUUAUACAUCUAUACUGACAAACCUGUAAUGAUUGUAUUCUUUUUAAAAAAUGUUUAAGGAACAGACGGGAAAUUCCUGAAUGUUUUAUUGGGAUAUUUUUUUUUUUGUGCAGCUAAAGUGGAAUGAAAAUGGGGGGAUGGUCAAAUUUACACCAGCAAGCAAUUUAUAUACAAUUUUAUUUAUGUAAUGCCCCUUUUUUAUUUUUAACUCUACACUGGAUUCCUGAAAUCUUGCCCUUCAAGGGUUUAGAUUAUGUAAAUGCUUCCAAACCACACUACUGGUUAGUGUGGCGAACCCACGACUGCUUUUUUUUUUUUUUUUUUCUCCCCCCCCAGAGGUCCAGGAUUUCUUGCUUUUCUUGGUUGUUUUUUCUAUUGUUUGCGCCUAAAACUCAGAAUGCUUUUCACCUGAACACACAAAAAAAAAAAAAACAGUUGUACAGUAAGAACCUUGUAUGCUACACUUUUCCCCCUAAUGAGGAAUUGUAUUAAAUAAAAUGUCUGCAUACCAAAA